CACAGGUUCGUAGCUUUGUCUCACUGGAGGCCAACUCCAGAGAAACGAGCACGCUCUAGCCACUGGUGUCCAGACUUUGAGAAUUCGUAGACCAGUAAUUCUCAAAAAUAAAUCUAGGGGAAGAUUGCCAACUUUUAAUUUUUGCCAAGUAAGGACCUUCUUCUAAACUGCCAUACACUCUUGAUUGUCAUUUCAUAAAAAGAAAGGACAUUUAUGUCCUUAUGCUUAGGAGCUGCAUUCUGAAAUACGGGCAAAGUGUCAUGAUGUCUGCAUGGACGGUCAAAUGGUGAAAAACGAAGAAAACCGCAGCGAUAGACAGGGAGGAGUGCAGCCCUCUAACACCUGACGAACUUCCCAAGGAGGUAGAAGUUGCCAGGGACAGAUAACAUGGCUGCCAGCGGGAAGACCAGCAAGUCCGAACCGAACCAAGUUAUCUUCAAGAAGGUCUCCCGGGACAAAUCGGUGACCAUCUACCUAGGGAAGAGAGACUACGUAGACCACGUCAGCAAAGUCCAGCCUGUGGAUGGGGUUUUGUUGGUGGAUCCUGAUCUUCUGAAGGGAAAGAAAGUGUACGUCACUCUGACCUGCGCCUUCCGCUAUGGCCAGGAGGACAUUGAUGUGAUCGGCCUGUCCUUCCGCAGGGACCUGUACUUCUCCCGAGUCCAGGUGUACCCUCCUGUGGGGGCUGCGAGCACCCCCACAAAACUGCAAGACAGCCUGCUGAAAAAGCUGGGGAGCAACACAUACCCCUUUCUGCUCACGUUUCCUGACUACUUGCCCUGUUCAGUGAUGUUGCAGCCAGCUCCACAAGACCCAGGAAAGUGCUGUGGAGUUGACUUCGAGGUCAAAGCAUUUGCCACAGACAGUGCUGAUAUCGAAGAGGACAAAAUCCCCAAGAAGAGUUCCGUGAGAUUGCUGAUCCGCAAAGUACAGCACGCCCCACUUGAGAUGGGUCCCCAGCCUCGAGCUGAGGCGGCCUGGCAGUUCUUCAUGUCUGACAAGCCCCUGCACCUUUCGGUCUCUCUCAGCAAAGAGAUCUAUUUCCAUGGGGAGCCCAUCCCUGUGACCGUGACUGUCACCAACAACACGGAGAAGACAGUGAAGAAGAUUAAAGCAUUCGUGGAACAGGUGGCCAAUGUGGUUCUCUACUCGAGUGACUAUUACGUCAAGCCUGUGGCCAUGGAGGAAGCACAAGAGAAAGUGCCACCAAACAGCAGUUUGACCAAGACGCUGACCCUGCUGCCCUUGCUGGCCAACAACCGAGAAAGGAGAGGCAUUGCCCUGGAUGGGAAGAUCAAGCACGAGGACACGAACCUUGCCUCUAGCACCAUCAUUAAGGAGGGCAUAGACCGGACCGUCCUGGGGAUUCUGGUGUCUUACCAGAUCAAGGUGAAGCUCACGGUGUCAGGCUUUCUGGGAGAGCUCACCUCCAGUGAAGUUGCCACUGAGGUCCCAUUCCGCCUCAUGCACCCUCAGCCUGAGGACCCAGCUAAGGACAGUUAUCAGGAUGCAAAUUUAGUUUUUGAGGAGUUUGCUCGCCAGAAUCUGAAAGAUGCAGAAGCUGAGGAGGGGAAGAGAGAUAAGAAUGACGAUGAUGAGUGAAGUCGUCGGCUCGGGAUGCUGGGAAAUGGCCUGUCGUUAGCAGUGCAACGAGCAAAACCCCGCAGUUUAGUCCUUUGGAGUUAUGCUAAGUACGAAAGGAUGAGUCUUCUUCUGGGAAAUAAAGCUUGUCUGUUCUCCCCUG